UUUAUGAAUGUUGUCUAAAUUAAUCCUCUCACAUUUUCUGGUCAUUGAAUAUAAUUGUAAUACAUUUCACAUAUGUUAAACUGCUGAAGUGUUUCGCUUCCGUCGCAGAGGGGGAGAUGAAGACGCUAACGGUCACGUUAGUAAUGUGGACGAACAAGUGCUGCACGCAAAGCCCCUUGUUUCCGCUGAUGUCCAAAGAUCCCGCCUCCAAGGAGUCAAACACCUAUCAGUGAUGGUAAUGAAGGAUGAUGGACGUCCCCACAGCCAAUCAGAGCGAUACACCCUGUCAGCCGUGGGCGGGCCAGAACGGUUGGUCCCCAGCUUCACCUCAAGGACCUCCCUGCAACCCUCUGCCCAGCUUUCAGCAUCUCAGCCUGAGCUCUCCUUCUGACCAGAGGCCUGGCUACGAGCAGCUGCAGGUGUCCAACCACGGCUACCAGAGCGAACUUGCAACCUUUUCAUCCAGAAACAACACAGAACACAGCACGCUUUAUGCUAAUAAUGCUGACCACAGUGUUCAGCGGGUCACUCCUGAUGCUCAUGCUUCAUCCAUGGUUCCAUCUACAAGCCAAGGAAGAUAUAUACCUCCAUGUUCUCUCGCUCUUAUGAAGGAAGGGACGCAUCCCUGCAAGCCCCAACAAAUGCCCUUUUACUCCCCUCACAGCCCUUACCAAGGAAUAUCUUCCCCUUUACAGCCCCCAUACACUCACCAUUGUUCAUUAAAUGGACCUCAGUCACCCCAACAAAAACAUUUGCCCAUUACCACUUUAUCAUUUGGUGUAAAUCAGAGUCCACAGUUUACACCUCAGCCUGCAUUUGAGAGGGCCAAUGUGGAAUCCUCUGUUGGAUACACACACAAUCAUUCCUCGCCACAGCAGCCUCAGUGGACUCUCACAACAAACUCAAGAGGGACCACAAACGAGUUUGUUCCCAAUGCGGCUGCACAGGACAGGAACAUCCCUCCACAGUUGGAUCACUGUGCUGCUCCUGGCCUCUCCCUCCUAGAGAGAGAGGUGAAGUGUCUGCUUUAUGCUGAUGACCUUGUUCUGCUGUCUCCUACUGAACAAGGACUACAACAACAGCUGGACAUAGUAGACCAGUCCAGCCCCCGAGACACCCUCCACUCCAAAGCCCUCCAAAGCCAAGAGCUAACCCCAGAGAAGAGUCCCCUAUGUCAGCUGGUGCUGAGGCUAGCUGCCCCCUCUCAGAGCCACUCUGACCAGUCUCUCAACAACACUGCUCUCCAAACACCAAUCACAGUCAAACGCAUUAUAACACAAUGUAAAGACAACUAUUUACAACAUUGGGAAGAAGAAACUAAAAGCCAAAGUAGAUUAGAAUGUUACCUGGCUCUAAACAGAGAGUAUGAGCUGGCAGAGUAUCUCUCUACUGUCAGAGAUAGAAAGCAGAGACAGAUCCUAACCAAGUACAGGCUCAGUGACCACAAACUGGCAAUCGAAACAGGAAGACUCAAAAGAUCCUGGCAACCAAAAGAGAACAGAACAUGUGGUCACUGUACGACAGGUGAGACUGAGACAGAGAUGCACUUCCUCCUGAAGUGCCAAACAUUCAACGAAGUAAGGAGCAUUUACUGGAACAAGUUGAACUCUGUAAUCCCAGGUUUCAAGGAGGUUGAUGACCUCUCAAGACUGAGAGUACUCCUAGGAGAAGGAGACAAGGCACACCUUGCUGCCCAAUAUGUAUACACAUGCCACAACCUGAGGGACAGUGAAUGA